CAAGGCCAUGGGAAAACAAGAAGCUAUAGUUCUGUAUCCAGCACCACCAAUAGGUCACUUAGUGUCCAUGGUUGAGUUAGGCAAACUCAUACUCUCCCAAAACCCAUCUCUCUCCAUCCACAUCCUCUUAGCUCCACCGCCUUAUCAGCCGGAAUCAACCGCCACUUACAUCUCCACCGUCUCCUCCUCCUUCCCUUCAAUCACCUUCCACCACCUCCCCGCCGUCACACCCUACUCCUCCACCUCCACCUCACGCCACCACCACGAGUCACUCCUCUUAGAAAUCCUCUGUUUCAGCAACCCAAACGUCCACAAAACCCUUUUCUCGCUCUCUCAAAACUUCAAUCUCCACGCAAUGAUCAUCGACUUUUUCUGCACCGCCGUUUUAGACGUGACCGCCGAUUUCACCUUCCCGGUUUACUACUUUUUAGCCUCCGGAGCCGCAUAUCUAACCGGUUCCUUCUAUCUCCCGAUCCUCCACGAGACAACCGAAGGAAAAAACCUCAUAGAUAUUGAAACACUCCAUAUUCCCGGCGUUCCUCCGAUGAAAGGCUCCGAUAUGCCUAAGGCCGUGCUCGAGCGCGACGACGAGGUCUACGAUGCUUUUAUAAUGUUCUGCAAACAGCUCUCUAAGUCUUCAGGGAUCAUCGUCAAUACUUUUGAUGCUUUAGAGAACAGAGCUAUCAAGGCAAUAACAGAGGAGCUCUGUUUUCGCAAUAUUUAUCCGAUCGGACCGCUCAUUGUUCGAGGAAGAACCGGUGAUAACCAUGGAGACAAUGCAAGUUCUUGUUUGGAUUGGCUUGAUUCGCUGCCGGAACAGAGUGUUGCGUUCCUCUGUUUUGGGAGCUUGGGUUUGUUUUCAAAGGAACAGGUGAAUGAGAUUGCUAUUGGUUUAGAGAGAAGUGAGGAGAGAUUCUUGUGGGUGGUUCGUAAUCCACCGGAGAUAGAUAGCAUGGCUGAACCGGACUUGAAAACUCUUUUACCGGAAGGAUUCUUAAACCGAACCGGAAAUAGAGGAAUGGUCGUUAAAUCAUGGGCUCCGCAAGUUCCGGUUCUGAAUCACAAAUCUAUCGGUGGAUUCGUCACUCAUUGUGGCUGGAAUUCUAUUCUCGAAUCGGUUUGUGCAGGCGUACCGAUGGUGGCUUGGCCUUUGUACGCUGAGCAGAGGUUUAACAGAGUAGUGAUUGUUGAUGAGAUCAAAAUUGCAAUUCCGAUGAAUGAAUUGGAGACGGGUUUUGUGAGCUCUACGGAGGUGGAGAAACGAGUUCGGGAGAUAAUGCAGGAUGGUCCGGUUAGAGAAAAAACCAAAGCGAUGAAGAACGCAGCCGAAUCAGCCUUGACCGAAACCGGUUCGUCUCAUGCCGCGUUAAAUGCUCUACUCCAGUCGUGGAGCCUAAAAUGAUUAUUACAAAUAUUAGUAUGAAACAAAAUAAUCAUCAUAUUUGAGAUAUGGAACCCAAACUUUUAUUCCCCAAUCAAAAUCAUAUAUUUAUUGGAUAAGUAAUAAUGGUCUGUCUCUGGGGAUAUAAUAUUUUUGCACCGGCUUUGUCUUCUGUAAAUUUCAAACUA